AACAAUCAUCAUUUCUCGUGAAAGCAGGUGUCUCAUUUUGAUUUAUGAGUUUAUAUUGUGAUACAAUGAUUUACAAAAACUUAAUACCUAUAUACUUGAAAAAAGUACUUGAUGAAAAACUUAUCUUAAUGAUUGCUGUAUUAUUUCGUUGGUUUGUCAGCUUGCAUGAUUAUUCUGGAAAAUCAAAAACUCCGAUGUAUGGUGAUUAUGAAGCCCAACGGCAUUGGAUGGAAGUUACAGUUUCUUUACCAACCACUCAAUGGUAUUUUAAUUCAUCCGAUAAUGAUUUAUUAUAUUGGGGUCUCGACUAUCCACCAUUGACAGCCUACCAUAGUUAUUUAAAUGGUUUAGUGCUUAAAAGAAUCCUUCCAGAGUCCAUCCAGCUCAGUACAUCUAGAGGUUUUGAGUCAAAGUUUCAUAAACUACUCAUGAGGUAUUCUGUGCUUAUAGUUGACUUAUUGAUAUUCAUACCAGCCGUUUGUUGGUUUUUCAGACAGUUUUUCAAAAUUAAAAAUAAUAACCAAAUGAGUCAAACAAUGACCAUUGCAAUGACAUUGUUAUACCCAGGAUUAAUAUUAAUAGAUCAUGGACAUUUCCAGUAUAACUGUGUGUCUCUUGGUUUAUUUGUAGCAAGUGUUGCUAGUAUGUUUACCAAUAAAACCAUCUUCACUUGCGUUUUGUUCAGUAUGGCCUUAAACUACAAGCAAAUGGAGUUAUACCACGCUUUGCCAUUUUUCUUUUAUUAUAUUGGAUUUAUUUAUGAAACUUAUAAAAAACAUUCAUUCAUUACAGCUCUAAAGACAUUGUCUAUUCUUGUAUUGAGUGUGAUGAUAACAUUUCUGCUAUUAUGGCUUCCUUUUAUUAGUGAUCCUAAACAAAUGUUUCAAGUCAUACAUAGGAUUUUCCCAUUAGAACGAGGUGUUUUCGAAGACAAAGUUUCCAAUAUAUGGUGUCUAAUUAAUGUUCUUUAUAAGUUGAGGAAUAUGAAUAAUCAUACCAUGGCUACUAUAUGCCUAAUGACGACAUUCAUCUCAGUGAUGCCCACGUGUCUGGAUCUUUUAAAAAAUCCUUCUAAAAUAAAAUUUUUACUUUCAUUGAUUAAUUGUUCGUUGUCAUUUUUCCUAUUUUCAUUUCAAGUUCACGAAAAAAGCAUACUUUUGGUCGCCAUACCAGUUUUGAUGUACUCUCCUCAAAGUGUUUUUAUGUGUACUUGGUUUGUUACCCUGACAACAUUUAGCAUGCUUCCACUAUUAAUAAGGGAUAAUUUGUUAGUCCCUUUUAUUUCUUUAUCGUUAAUUUAUUUUAUUGUGCACUAUAAUAUUGAAAAAUUAAUUUCACAACAAAAAGAAACAUCAAAAUUAUAUUUAUUACGUAAUUUAUCAUUAUUUGGAUGUGUUAUAUUAACUUUUUGCGCCAUAGCAUUAAAACCGCCCCCAAAAUAUCCAGAUUUAUGGCCUUUGAUUAUAUCUGUUUAUAGUUGUAUGCAUUUUGUAUUGUUUUUGAUCUAUUUUAACUUUAGUCAAUUAAUGUUGCAAAUUCCAAAAAAAAAACUGUAUUAAGUUACUUAAAAUAAAUUAGUUCUGUUAUUGGGAUUUAUUAAUUUAAUUUUCAUAAAUAUUUAAAAUUGGUUAGUAUGAUUUUAUUUGUAUUUAAAGUGAAUAUCAUAAUAAUUUAUUAUAAAAGCUUAAACUUAAUUGUUUGUUUAAAAUUUAAAAUGUUAAAAAUGUAUACUACAUGUACUGGUAAAUAAAUUUAUAAAUAAUUUUGUCUUUAAUUUAAAAAUACAAAUUUUGUGUCAACUGUCCAUAGUCAUUUAAUUUGUUUUGUAUAUAGAUAAUACAUUUAUAAAUUUUAUUUUCAAGUAGCUUUUAAGAAAACCAUACCAUAAAUUGGCAAACUUAGAAAUAUGACAUUAUUAUUAAUAUUUAAGUGAUUAUAUUAUUAUAUAGUUAUUGUACAAUUAUUAAAUAUAAAGUAAUUAUGAUUAUAUCAAUGUGAA